GCUGUCUGCCUCAUCAGCCACCACUAAUAAAACCCUAAUAAACCUGCAACUCCGCCCCGCGCCCAACAAUUUCUCUGCGUUGUUCGGUAACGACGAUGGACGGAGCUCCGGUUCUUGACGAUGGAUUCCCGGCGUCGAGGUUAUUCAGCCAGGGAUACUCUUAUACUUACGAUGACGUUAUCUUCCUUCCCCACUAUAUCGACUUUCCCACCGACGCCGUUUCUCUCUCGACCAAGCUCAGCCGCCGCGUCUCGCUCGCUACACCGUGCGUCUCCUCUCCUAUGGAUACCGUCACUGAAUCCUCCAUGGCGGCUGCCAUGGCUUCACUCGGCGCCAUCGGUAUUGUACACUCCAAUACACCCGCUUCCAACCAGGCGGCCCUAGUACGCCUCGCUAAGUCGCACAAGAUACCAUUUAAUUAUGAGCUCAUCUUUAAGUCUCCAUCCGAUUCGAUUUUAUCGGUCGAGGAGUUCUCUUCUUCCCCCUGCAUUUUUGUGACGGAGUCAGGACGUGAGAAGUCGAAACUUUUGGGUACCGUGAAGAAAUCUGAUUGGGAGAAAUUAGCUGAUAAGGAGGUGAGGAUUUCGGAGUACAUGACAAAGUCACCGGUCUCGCUUCCGUCGAGUUAUAGUUUUGAGGAUGUUGCGGGUUAUUUAGCCAAAGAGAAGCUUGAUUUUGUCCCACUGAUGAGAGAUAAUGGGGAAGAGGGAGAAGAUAUCGUGAACUUGGUGACGAGCGAUGAUGUGGAGAGGAUACAGGGGUUUCCUAAGUUGGGGUUGCCAUCUCUGGGUUCCGAUGGGAAUUUUCUGGUGGGGGCUGCAAUAGGGACGCGGGAAUUGGAUAAGGAGAGAUUGGAGCAUUUGGUGAAGGCAGGGGUAAACGUAGUGGUUCUUGAUAGUUCCCAGGGAAAUUCUAGUUAUCAAAUUGAGAUGAUUAAGUAUGCGAAGAAAACAUAUCCGGAGCUGGAUUUGAUCGGUGGGAAUGUAGUUACGACAUACCAGGCACAAAACUUGAUUCAGGCGGGAGUGGAUGGUCUGAGAGUUGGGAUGGGAUCAGGUUCCAUUUGUACCACGCAAGAAGUAUGUGCUGUUGGGCGCGGACAGGCAACAGCUGUUUACAAGGUUGCAUCAAUUGCAACACAGAGUGGUGUACCUGUAAUUGCUGAUGGUGGAAUAUCAAAUUCAGGCCACAUAGUGAAAGCUUUGACCCUUGGGGCAUCAACUGUUAUGAUGGGAAGCUUUUUAGCUGGAAGCAGUGAAGCUCCUGGCACCUAUGUAUAUCAGGGUGGUCGCCGAGUCAAAAAGUAUCGAGGUAUGGGAUCCCUUGAAGCGAUGAUGAAAGGGAGUGAUGCUCGGUAUUUGGGUGAUAAAGCUAAGUUGAAAAUUGCUCAAGGAGUGGUUGGUGCAGUGGCUGACAAAGGUUCUGUUUUGAAGUUCAUACCCUACACAAUGCAAGCUGUGAAGCAGGGAUUCCAGGAUCUUGGCGCUUCCUCCCUGCAAUCUGCUCAUGAUCUCUUGAGAUCAGGAGUGCUAAGGCUAGAGGUAAGAACUGGGGCAGCGCAAGUUGAAGGCGGAGUUCAUGGAUUGGUCUCUUAUGAAAAGAAAUCCUUCUAGAUGGUUCAUCGAGCUUCCGGUGUCAAGAGUUGUACUGUAUGAUCUUUUCCUUUGAAGAGAUUUAUUUGCUGUAGGAAUGAGGUAGAUCAAAAGGCAAUACUGCCUGCGCUUGGCAAAACAACAAUUUCACAUAUUCGAAUAAUUAUCCUCAUCUCACUACUAUUUCUGCACGGUUCCGCUU